ACGUGACAGGGAGGCCUAUCGAGGAGACAGCGGCACUCAUUCUUCGCAUUUACCACGAGCGCAUGAACCUUCACGCAGUGCCAUUCGUUACACGCUGCUACUGACAGCAGCACGCGCAAUUGGAUGCAUUACCGGCGGCUGUUAUGUACAUACCU